AUGAUAUCUGAUCGAGCUACUCCAGCUCAAAUUGAGGGCGUGAAACGUUUAUUAGAAAUACGACGAAUGGUUGAAUAUCCUUCAAUGAGUUGGUAUAGUCCACCACCAUCGAUUGUUCUUGAUAAUUUUUUAUUCUUGGGCGACUAUGACAAUGCAUCGAAUAUAGAAUUGUUACAAAACUUGGGUAUAAAACAUAUAUUAACCAUACACGAUCGUGAAUUGGAUGAAAAUAUACGAACCAAAUUCAAUUACUUUAGUAUAAUAUCACCUGAUUCAUCCAGUAAAGAUGUCAAACAAUAUUUUGAGCAAACAAAUAAAUUUUUACACGAUUGUUAUCUUGCCGGCGAAAAAGUGUUGGUGCAUUGUCAGAUGGGUAUAUCCAGAUCGUCAACACUUGUACUGGCUUAUUUAAUGAAAUAUCAUCAUGAAACGUUGGAACAGUCAUUUAGAUAUUUGCUAGAAAAACGCCCAAUGAUAAGUCCAAAUAUUGGUUUUCUUCUACAAUUAGUUCAAUACGAAGAAGAAUUACGAAAAACACAAGAGAUUGAUACGACUAAAAACGAUGAUGACAAUAAUAAUAAUAAUAAAGAAGAAACAAAUCCAAUAAAAACUGUCGCAUUAGAUAUCUCCUGA